AGCAGCAGUGUCAUGUGAUUGGCUGUCUGCCUUAGGGCUGGGAGGUGGAAUUAUUUAACAGUAAAAAGUCACUGCUACAGCAUAUGAUUUCCUGUUUCUGCUAUCAUCUCCUAUGACCCUGGCUUGUAUGUUACAGUGAAGGUUGGGGACACCUGCUUAGUGCACAUUUGAUGCAGAGACACUCAGGAUCUCUAUAGAGCAAGCUGCAUCCUUUCUGCUGAGCCAACAACAAGAAACCAUCCACCAUGGUGCAGAUGCAGCAUUAUUUCUUCCUCGCCUGCGUUGCCUUGGGGUACUUCAAUAUGGUAACCUCUACAGGAUUUGUCGUCAACCGGACACCACUGAGGGUCACAGCGGUGAAUGGCUUCUCCUGGGCUAAUUGUGAUGGUGAAAGUCUACCUGGGAAGAUCCAGACUCUGACUAUUCUUCCAGACCCGCUGCUGUUCCCUGGAGAGAUAACAGUGUCUACAAUCCUGAAUAGUACGGUAGCACUGACCUCCCCUGUCAAGGUGCAAAUCACUGCAGAGAAGGAGUUUGCACAUGAAUGGAUAAAGAUUCCCUGCUUAGAUGAGGUUGGCAGCUGCACCUAUGAUGAUGUUUGUGAUAUUCUGGACCAGCUAAUUGAGCCAGGGCAACCCUGUCCAGAGCCGCUUCACACCUACGGAAUACCCUGCCACUGCCCCUUCCAAUCAGGUUCCUAUUAUCUCCCUGUUACCAGUUUCUACGUCCCAGAUUUACCUCUGCCUUCUAUGUUUACUAGCGGCAGUUAUCGUGUCACUGUUGUCCUGAGCCAUGGAGGGCAGGAGAUUGGAUGUGCCAAAAUUACUUUUUCUUUAGGGACAUCUUCUUCCCAUUGGCUGUAAAAGGAAGUCACAGACACGAAGUCACAGACACUGGCUUGCUUCUGGAUUGCCCAGCGACUGACAUGUACCAGGUUAUUCAGUAAAGCAACACAGGGGACAAUGAUGAUGUGCAAAGUAUAGGAAUUGAUAGCA